AUGUGGAAGCAAUUUGUUCGCAAGCUCCAGAAGAAGUCUUCGAAAUCAGAUGCCAUUUCAGAUCCCUCGUGCAGCAGUCGCAGCAAAGAUUCUGGCGCGUCAGGCGACUCGAUCCAAAAGACGAGUGGAUCAAAUGCCGCCUCUAACAGAUCUGCAACUGCAGCUGUUAAACGAAUGUCCUCGGCCGUCUUCCCAGCUAGUGUUGUAGCAGGAAUAGAACCCCUUCUUUCUUUCAAAGACGUUCCAAACCAGGAGAAGCAGAAUCUUUUCAUCGGCAAGCUGAACCUGUGCUGUGUAGUCUUCGAUUUCAAUGACCCGAGCAAGAACCCUGUCGAGAAAGACUUGAAGCAUCAGGUAUUGGUAGAUCUUGUCGAGUACGUUUCUGCUGGGACCGCCAAGUUUUCCGAACAGGCAAUCGCUGCGAGCUGCAAGAUGUUUGCGAUUAACUUGUUUAGGGUGUUCCCUCCAAACAAUAGGUCAUCCUCUUCAGGUGGUGAGAAUGAGGAUGACGAACCGAGUUUCGACCCAGCUUGGCCGCACUUGCAACUUGUAUAUGAUUUGCUUCUCAAAUUCAUUGCCUCUUCUUCUGUUGACGCAAAGAUAGUGAAGAAGUAUGUGGACCACUCGUUCAUCUUGAGAUUGCUUGAUCUCUUUGAUUCUGAGGACCCAAGAGAGAGAGACUGCCUGAAGACAAUUCUACAUAGGAUUUAUGGGAAGUUCAUGGUCCAUCGGCCCUUCAUUCGAAAGGCUGUGAGUAAUAUAUUCUGUCGGUUUGUCUUUGAAUCGGAGAGGCACAAUGGAAUUGCUGAAAUGCUGGAGGUUUUUGGGAGUGUCAUCAGUGGGUUUGCCUUGCCUCUGAAAGAGGAACACAAGAUGUUCUUGUGGAGAGUGUUGAUUCCCCUCCAUAAGCCAAAGGCAGUCGGCGUUUAUAUGCAGCAGCUAACUUACUGUGUGACGCAGUUUAUAGAGAAGGACCCGAAGCUGGCAAGCACAGUAAUCAGGGGCCUGCUGAAGUACUGGCCCGUGACCAGUAGUCAAAAGGAAGUGAUGUUUCUCAGCGAAGUGGAGGAGAUCUUGGAGUCAACAAGCAUGGUCGAGUUCCAGAAAAUUAUGGUCCCACUGUUCCAGCGCAUUGGCUCCUGCCUCAGCAGCUCCCAUUUUCAGGUAUCGGUAAUCUGGCUUUGUACUAUUCUGUUUUUAUGGGGUCUUCUCCUACAGUAUUCUCGUUGAAGAAGCUCUCCUUUCUUGUUUUAUUGCCAUCUAGCAUCACACUCGCUCAUGUUAAUUCCUUUUUAUUGUGAUGAUUAUCUAUCAGGCAUUGCUGUGAUUUCCUCGUUUUUUUUGGUGGGCAGGAAGGAGGGGAUCUCGCCCCUUGUAGUUCCUCUUUUUUUUUUUUGUGGUAUUUUUUAGGGAAAAAAAGAAAGAAAGACUCCAGUCAUCAUGGUUUAUCGUACUUUAACCGUAGUCAUCACGCAAUGUCUCUACAUGGUGUAUAGUGAGUAUAAUUGAUGGCGCAUUAACAUAGAAAACAACCACCAAUGAUCACGAUUCUCCAUUAAUGGCAUAUAACUGUUUUUUCUUACCCAAAAUGGCCAUUAAUGGAUAUUAAUGUUGAAUUAGGGGUGCUACUGCUCGAAUCUUGGGGUUAUGAAGAUUGCCCUGUUGUUCUCCCCAAGAGCGGACCAAGACUAGAUUAAACCCUGAAAAUUGGCUCAGAUUUUUAAUGUCCCAAUUUUGGCCCAGAAAUUAAUGGAGCUUAUGACAGAGGGAGCUUCAGACCGCUUUUAUAUAAACAGUUCAUAAGAGUCACGUCUUUAUCUCCUUAAAACGCCUGUACGUAUAUUGUUGACAUGAGGCUCCCAUCAGUUUCAUGAAUCAUCAAUAAUGCAUAUUUCAUCAGUGCAUGAUCGUCAUAGUUGUCGUUGGGCCCUAGCUUCCGUCAUUGUUGGAGAUUUCUUCCAAGGUGUAAACAUUUAUGAGCCCAUCAACAUUCCAUGAUGAUUGCACGCAAAACAUUGGGCUUAGCUGGGAAUUCUAUCCUCAUAGCCCGAAUUCCUUGCCCAGUAGUUGGUGGAUCAUCUCCGUCGAAAAAAUGUGGUGGAUUCCCAAGACUCGUUCUUGAUUAUUUUCUAUUCACCGUGGGAAUUUACGUCAAGAAGGGGAAGUUAAUUUGUUCGCUUGGAUUGCAGAAGAUCAACUGGGUUGCCAGAGGGCGUAUGCCUUUGAUGUUUUCUUUAUCCUCCUCUCUUCCAUCUCCGUUGAUCGUCGACUGGUUAAUCUUUCAGGUUGCCGAGAGAGCCCUCUUUCUGUGGAACAACGACCGCAUCGUCAGCCUGAUAGCUCCGAAUAGACAAGUCAUCCUUCCCUGCAUCUUCCCUUACCUCGAGAAGAACACCCAAACCCACUGGAAUCAGGCGGUGCUCAACGUGACCCUGAACGUGAGGAAGAUGCUCUCGGAGAUGGACGAGGAGCUGUUCGUAGCCUGCCAGACCAAGUUCGAGGAAGAAGAGCAGCGCCGGGCCGCCGCCGGGGAGAUGCGUAGGAUCACCUGGGAACGCCUCGAGACCGCCGUCGCCGCCAUGAAGCCCGUCUCCGGGUACAUCCCGGUCCUCGUGAGUAAUCUCAGAUAG